AUGCCGCCAGUUGGACAGCCAUGUGGUCGCGAUGAACGUGGAUGGGAUGGAGCAACGGCCGUGGCAACCGGGGAGCGUGGGCCGCCGGAAAUUGCCAUCUCGGGCAUAGAGGGGGCGCAUUCGGCGCGGGAUGAUCUUAGCUCUGGGCUGCCCUCGAGUCUGCGACUGGGGGAGUGGAUUCGCAGUGGGGCUUUGGGCAGGCCUGUUGCUGCAGGCCCUCGGUCGCGUCUGCACAUGUGCCCUGCGCUAAGCGGGGCCUUGAUGCAAGCCACUGCACCGCACCCGAUUGUGCGUGAGCGUGUGCGCGUUGCACGUCGAGGGCUGGGCGUGCGACGGGCACGUCACAGCACCGCACCACGCACGGGGGGACGAGGGCGGAGGCGACGCCAGACGCGUAGUACCGUUGCUGGCGGAGAUUUGGUUCACACGACGGCCACCAGCGAUGCUAGCGGGCGGCAGCAGUGGAUUUGGGCCUCUUGCGCUAUUGUACGCUGCGCGCCCAAGCCCGUCACUGCCGCCGCGGGUGGUAGUGGUGGUGAAGGCGGGCGUGGGACUGGGCGUGGGAUGUCCCCCAACGUCGACGGCCAAAGCACCGCAGCACCAGCGCCAGUGCCAGUGCCAGGGAGAAAUGCCGGGGACAACCCACGGGCUGCUCCCCUAGCACCGCACGGCCGCCGCGCCGCGAAUCAGCUUCACGCCGUGCACUCGCAGGGCAUGGGGAGCGACGCCGCCGCCCGCCAACGCUCCUUGACCCUGGCCAAGCACCCCUGCACCACUGACAGUCCACCCCUGUCCUGCUAUUCAUGA